AUGGAACAACUACAGGAGGAAGUACCUGAGGUCAAGGAAGAGGAAGAGGAAGAGGCAGUGAGAGUGGCAAGCAGAGCCUCAGACCCAAGUGGAGGACCAGACAGCUCACUACCUUCGAGCAGCUACACAGACCUUGUGCAGAGCUCCUCUCCUUCCCUGUCAGACCAACUGCAGGUGGGCUGCGAGGAGGCAGCGUUGGGAGCGCUGAACGUGGAGUGCAGGGUCUGCGGAGACAAAGCCUCGGGGUUUCACUACGGCGUGCACGCCUGCGAGGGCUGUGGUUUCUUCCGCCGGACGAUCCGCAUGAAGCUGGAGUACGAGAAGUGUGAGCGGAGCUGCAAGAUUCAGAAGAAGAACCGGAACAAGUGCCAGUACUGCCGCUUCCAGAAAUGCCUCUCGCUGGGCAUGUCGCAUAACGCAAUCCGCUUUGGCCGCAUGCCGGAGGCAGAGAAGAGGAAGCUGGUGGCAGGACUCACGGCGAGCGAGAUCAGUUGCCAGAACCCUCAGGUGGCUGACCUGAAAGCUUUCUCCAAGCACAUCUACAACGCCUACCUGAAAAACUUCAACAUGACCAAAAAGAAGGCGAGAGGUAUCUUGACUGGGAAGGCCAGCAGCACCCCACCUUUUGUGAUCCACGACAUGGACACCUUGUGGCAGGCAGAAAAGGGGCUGGUCUGGAAGCAGCUAGUGAAUGGCAUUCCCCCCUACAAGGAGAUCGGGGUGCACGUCUUCUACCGCUGCCAGUGCACCACGGUGGAGACUGUGCGGGAGCUCACCGAGUUCGCCAAGAGCAUCCCCAGCUUCAUAGACCUCUACUUGAACGACCAAGUGACUCUGCUGAAGUACGGGGUGCACGAGGCCAUCUUCGCCAUGCUGGCCUCCAUCAUGAACAAGGAUGGGCUGUUGGUGGCCAAUGGGAACGGCUUUGUGACCCGGGAGUUCCUCCGUAGCCUGCGCAAACCCUUCAACGAGAUCAUGGAACCCAAAUUCGAGUUUGCUGUGAAGUUCAACGCACUGGAGCUGGAUGACAGUGACCUGUCUCUGUUUGUGGCUGCCAUCAUCCUGUGCGGAGACCGUCCUGGCCUCAUGAACGUGAAGCAGGUGGAGGAGAUCCAAGACAACAUCCUGCGAGCGCUGGAGUUUCACCUGCAGUCCAACCACCCGGAUGCCCAGUACCUCUUCCCUAAGCUGCUGCAGAAGAUGGCUGACCUGCGGCAGCUGGUGACAGAGCACGCCCAGCUGGUGCAGAAGAUCAAGAAGACAGAGACAGAGACAUCUCUGCACCCGCUUCUGCAGGAGAUCUACAAGGACAUGUACUAA